AUGACUACAAUAUCUUCUUAUAAUAACGACAAAGUUGUUGCCGGCGAGGUGGAAUAUCCAGCCAGCGAUCCUGCUUCUGGGGCGUUUUUCCAACCUGAUUAUAAGAAAAAUGAAGACCUAAAGAUCAUGCUUGAUGGAUCCAAGGAUUCACUGAAAUUAGAGGCCAUGAAAAGAAUAAUUGGGAUCAUUGCUAAAGGAAGAGAUGCUUCUGAUUUGUUUCCAGCAGUAGUGAAGAAUGUUGUAUCGAAAAAUAUUGAAGUAAAGAAACUUGUUUAUGUUUACUUGGUGAGAUAUGCAGAGGAACAACAAGAUUUAGCUUUGCUCUCUAUAAGUACAUUCCAAAGGGCAUUGAAGGACCCCAACCAGUUGAUCAGGGCCAGUGCAUUAAGAGUACUGUCGUCCAUCCGUGUCUCUAUGAUAGUACCGAUAGUGAUGCUGGCGAUACGCGACUCCGCAAGCGAUAUGAGCCCCUACGUGCGGAAGACUGCGGCUCAUGCUAUACCCAAAUUGUACAGCCUUGAUCCAGAGCAAAAAGAGGAGCUCGUGUUGAUCAUAGACAAGCUGCUGUCGGACAAAGCGCCGCUGGUAGUGGGCUCGGCUGCAAUGGCGUUCUCCGAAGUGUGUGGGGACAGGGUCAGUCUCAUACAUAAGAGUUACAGGAAGCUGUGCUCCUUACUAGCCGAUGUGGAUGAGUGGGGCCAGCUCGCCCUCCUCAAUGUGUUGACUGUAUACGCUAAAACUUGCUUCCCGGAUCCCAAUGAAGAGAACUACUCCAGCGACGACUCCGCCGACAAACCGUUCUACGAUUCCGAUAGCUCGGGAAGUCCAGGUCGCAAGUCCGCGUCUCCCAGUCUAGACCCGGACUUAAGAUUACUGCUCAGAGCCGCGAAACCGUUGCUGCAGAGUCGGAACGCCGGUGUAGUAAUGGCUGUCGCUCAACUCUUCUACCAUUGUGGACCUGCUCAAGAACUACCACCCGUUGCGAAAGCCAUGAUUCGUCUACUCCGGGCUCCAAUAGAAGUUCAAAGUGUGGUGCUCAACUCCAUCGCAGCGCUUACGGUCUCUAAACGGUCGCUCUUUGAACCAUUUCUGAAGUCGUUCUUCGUCCGCAACUCUGACCCGACCCACAUUAAGCUCCUGAAGCUGGAGAUCCUGACGAACCUGGCGACGGAAGCCAGCGCUCCAGUGGUCCUGCGGGAGUACCAGACCUACGUCACUUCCAACGACAAAGCUUUCGCUGCUGCCACCAUACAGGCUAUCGGAAGGCUGGCGGUGGCCAUACACACCGAGACUGAGACUUGCUUGAACGGACUCCUCCAUCUGCUUUCCAGUAAGGACGAGUGGGUGGUGUGCGAGGCGGUGGUGGUGGUGAAGCGCGUGGUGGGCGGCAGCGCCAGCUCGGCCGCGCCCGCCGUCUCUCGCGCCGCCAAGCUGCUGCGCUCCGACAGGCUGGCGGGCAACGCGCGCGCAGCGGCGGUGUGGCUGGUGGCGGAGCACGGCGCCACGCACCCGCGCGCCGCCGCCGUGCUUGCGCACAUGGCCGCCGCCUUCACUCACCAGGAAGAGUUGGUCAAACUCCAACUACUAUCACUAGCAGUAAAACUGUCCAUAACCCAACCGGACACGGUGGCGAUGUGCCGCUACGUGCUGUCCCUGGCACGAUACGACGCCAGCUACGACGUGCGUGAUCGGGCGCGUCUGCUACGCCGCUUUGUAGACCCGCCCCCCGGCUCUUUGCUACAUCAGUACGCGGCUAGCAUAUUCUGUCCGGACAAGCCGAAACCGACCAUAGAGAGCAAUUUUAGGGACCGACAGCAGUACACGGUAGGCUCGCUGUCGCAGUACCUGGGCAGCGCGGCCGCUGGCUACCGGCCACUGCCCGUCGCGCCGCGCGUCCCGCUGCCCGCCACGCUGCGAGACGCGCCCGCCGCGGCGCAGCAAGCGCAGCACGACAUACCCGCGCAGAAAAACAAGACCUUCUACUCGGAGCCAGACAACGACGGUUCAGGAUCAACAUCUUCAGGUUCUUCGUCUUCUAGCAGUUCUGAACAGUCAUCUGAUGAAGAGGAAGACGACAAAGAGGAGAAAAAGACUGAUAAAGGAAAUGAGACCAAUAAUUAUCGAUCUUCAAAUUCCGGCACUUCGGACAGCGAGACGGACAGCGACUCUUCGAGUUCGGACAACAGCAGUUCGGACAAGAGCUCAGCAGAAAGCAGCGAAGAACAACCCAGCAGUACAAAGAAAGAAGAAGUAACAAAACCAGACGCGGCGGUGCAACAACAGAAAAGUAAUGAGAAAUCCAAUCUAGAACUGUUGUUGGAGUUGGACGAAGUGGCGAGCUCUUUGCCCACCAUGACGCCCACCUGUGGGGGGUUCCUUUCCCCACCAACCACGACACCUAUGCAAGGGACUGGUGAUGCGGACAGCAUAGUGCCGGUGGGCGCCAGCUGGGCGGGCGGUGAGGCAGUGGAGCUGAUAUCGCGCGUGUCGUGCGGCGGACUGUGCGCGAAGCGGCGCUGGCCGCGCGCCCCGCACCUGUUCUCGCAGCGCAUGUGCACGCUGGAGCUCAGCUUCACGAACCACUCGCCCGCUGACGUCACCAACGUACGACUCAACAAGAAGACGUUAACCGGGUCCCGAGCAAUCCACGAAUUCGCGGCGAUCCCGUCGCUGGCCCCGGGCGCUUCGGCUAGCGUGACCAUGGGAGUAGACUUCGCGGACUCCAUACAACCAAUCGAAUUCACGAUCAUGAGCUCCCUAGGUGAGGUGGGAGUGUCAAUAACGCCACCUGUGGGUGAACUUAUGCGAGCGGUCACCAUGUCGGAGACACGUUGGGACACUGAGCACAAGAAACUGCGAGGAAUGACUGAGUGCGAUAAGAAGAUAGGGAAGCUGGAAGACGAACAGGCAAUCUGUAAGCGAGUGUUUGAAACUGCAAACGUAGCGGCUGUCACUUCCACGGGAAAUCUAUUGAGGUUUGCGGGCCGCAUGAUGUCGUCACAGGACCUGGUCCUGUUGUCCUUGCGGCUGGAGCCGGCCGCCAGCACGGUGACCGCUAACUGUUCUAACAUGGCCGUCGCCUCACUGCUCGCCAACGAUGUCGCACAAGCUUUAAAUAAACUCUAA